CCGAUAGUUAAUGCAGAAUACCUAUGUGAAUCAUUAAUUAUUGCGUGUGAAAGAUGAGGUCAACCUAGAAGUGGAAAAUUGAUAAUAAUGUGAAAUUGAUACCAAAGUGGAAACGAUGCGCGCGCAUUACACAGGCUUGACCAGCAAUUAAGUAACAACACAAGGUUAAUGCUUGCUAUUGUUUUCGAUUUUUGUUAUGGAAAAAUGUAGUUUGCCUGGACCAGUCGUUUUGGUUUUGUGUGAAAUAUUUAGCUGUUCAGACCAAACACGUGACAAUAACAACUACCUAGCAUAGUAACAUUAAGUGGAAACAUUAUAAAGUAAACAAUACCAAUGGACAAAUGCUGUGCCUCACACCAAUCUCCCAGACCACAAAGAAGAUUGAACGGAUUUCAAUUACCACUAAACCACCAACAAAUAAUCGGAUGGAUUGUAUUCAUCGCAACGGGAUCGUUAAAUUAUUUUAUUCUGAUUAAAAUACAAUUUGAUGAGUUGAGGACUAUAGCUCUAGUGGUAUUUACGGUGCUGUACGUGUCUCACGUUUCAUCGCAUCUUUGUGCGUCGCUAUUAGACCCCAGUGAGACCGAAUUAAGAAAAUUAGAAGUUUAUAAUGUUCCUGAAUUCAACCGAGAAAUCCACGCACACGUUAUUGAGAAUGGAAGAUGUCAUCUGUGUAAUAUACAUACUAGCGGCAGAAGAACCAAGCAUUGCAGUAUAUGCAACAAAUGUGUGGAGAACUUCGACCACCACUGCAAGUGGCUCAACAACUGCAUUGGCCGCAGGAACUACGUGGCGUUCAUUUCUUGCGUCACUACAGCGUUCAUGAUAUCAGCGUUUACGUCAUCGCUGUGUGCAGCAGAUAUUGUGAUAUUUUUUACAAAUCCAAAAUAUUUUAGUAUUGAAGCACAAACUUUUACUAACUGCAGUGCAUUAUACAACACAACGUCGGUAACGCCGAGUUUUUGUAGAAAUUCAGUAUCUCUCUUCACGUUUUUAGUCAUAUUUUGUGUAGUAUCAACAGCAAUAGGAUGUGCCUUAUUACAUUUGUGCUGUUUUCACAUUUAUAUCUCUCUGCUGGGAGUAACGACAUAUGAAUAUGUGGUUAGAAGUGGGGACUCAGAAGUUCCUCCUUACAAAUAUGUUAGGAACUGUAAAUGUUGCAGGUGGCGCAUGUCACGGGAAUUGUAUGCCAUAAGAAAAUCCAAUGGGAAUAUACAAAAUCAACAAAACCCUGACACAAGUAAAUGGAAUGUUUCACGUACUACACAUUUAGAGAAUGGGGAAGCCAAUGUUCUAAAUUUUAUUAGCAUAUUAAUUAACAACGAGUUGGGCAAAGCUAGGAAAAUAUUUUUAUAUGAUAAGAAUAAAGUACACCCACAAGAUGAAAAUAGUAGUGGUAGAUAACGUAUAUUUGUACCUCUUUCUAAUUUUUACACGACUUUUAAAAAUCCUAAGCAGUACUUAGUUCUGUUUUAAUAAUAAGCAAAUGUUUUACAUUUUAAUAACUACAUAAAUAUGUAUUUUAUUUUAAACAAAAACCCACACGCGUGAAAAAUAUAAACUAACAAAGUGUAAGAGCAGAAACGGGAGUCCUCUCUUUUCUCUAUCUAGUUCAAGCAGUGCUUUGUAUGAGCACUAUGUAUAAUGGGCCUUAUUUUACUUACUAAGAUCUAUGUAAGCUACAAAUUCAUUAUUGGCGGUCGUAUGUUCAUAUGGCUUAGUUUUUUAACUGACCCCUAAUCUGAACUAUCCUCGUUCUUUUUAUAUGCUUAGUACAGUCUGCCAAAAAUGUGCUAUGAUGCAAACAGUAGUUAUUACCAAUAACGAAUAUUUAGGUAAGUAAAUAUUCGUUAUUGGUAUUAGUAAGUAAUUAUAAACAGAAGACAAGUCGGAACAUUAACUAUAAAAUUGAAGUAACGGGACAAAAUAGUUCGUCAUAAAAUUAAUAUAUUACCUAAUUAAAACGUACGAAUUUAGUGCUUUCUCCUUUUUGGGAGCUUGGUUUCAUUUAUUCGAUGUUUUGAUAUAACUCACAGAUAGCAACUGUAGUCAUUGCAUAGGUAGAUAACCAUUUUUUGAUUUGGCCUUCUACAAGAGCCCUGCGAAUGAUCAAGAAUUAAUUUUACGUCAUUGCUAAUUAUCAAACGCACGCUUUUGAUGUUUCAAAUAAUAUGUACCGUAAAAACUUUUGUAUGAUGCAGAUAAUACAAUUUUACUAUGAA